UAGUGAUAACAAAUACACUCAGUGAUCCAGUAUUGCCGUACUCCAAUCCAUCAAGUAGUAAGGUAUGUUCAAAUAAGGUACAAAAUUAAAGGCAUAUAACGAAUUUUGCUUUUUCUAACAACGCGCCAUAUGAAUUAAAUUCGUAUCCAGCAGCACCUGAAUUAGGCUACUGUAUAUAUAUUGACCAAUGAGCAAGAAAAAAACAAACUAUUAUUUUGAAUAAAUUUGGAAGCAUACAUUUGUUUAAUAAGCCGAUAAUGGAGCCUUCAUUGUUAAAAGUCCCUCUUUAACCAGGCAAGUAUUUAACUAGCCUAAGAUACUAGGUAAAAAUUAUUGCGAGAUAGCUAUAUCUGAUAGCUGUACUAUAGGAAAGGAAGAUCAACGUUCAACCGACGAAGCUUACGCAAGCGAAAAAUAAUUUACAUACGUUCAAUGGAUUUAGUUUAUUUUUAAUGAAAUUUGAGUUCCCUCGCCUACUAGAUAAAUAAAAUCAUGCGCCGACCACCUGUUGCGCGAACCUUUCCGUUUGCUGUAUAGUCUUGUUGUUCUCUCUCUCUCUCCACCUGUGCCUGGAUUGUGAUUACAGACGACCCUUUCCGCUGGCCAACGACAGAUCGUCAUAACAAACAUGGCGCCCAUAAGCAGCAACGGCAAAGGACGACGCUUGUCAGCUGACUAACCACGGCAAUCUGUUCAACAACGCCACGCUCGCAUCGUCGCCAUCAACGGCAACAUUUGCGACCGCUUUUAGCAGCAUCAAGCGUGAAUACUCAUCGAUACAUAGCGACCGGGCGGCAGCCAUGAAAAUAUCACUAGCAUCGAUGACUUCAUAUCAGCAAGUCACUUCCAAUAGGCCGAAAAAACACUAAGUGCGCUUACUCUGUGCACUUUGGCCAUAACUAUACAAGACUGGUGGAAUUUAUUGUCGGGCAGAGCAACGUGGAAAUCGUUUUUAUUGUCGUUCCCAUGUAAUUUCUAGAGGCGUGCGUCAACCACCGCUGCAACAGUGUGCUCGGUGUGAUUGCUUGUCUGUUUUUUCUGCAGCACUGGUCAUACGAAUCCAUACUGAGCAUAGGUUCGUUGGUCCUAUACUGAUUGGUGGUGUGACUGGUGGCAGGAAAAGAUUGCUACAGAGAUAAUAUUGUUGCAGUAAUUGGAAGAGUCUCGAUUUGGACGAACCAGUGUGUACUACGUAAACUUGAGAUAUACAUGCGCAAUCCAGUCGUGUACGAUUGUUAGAGGAGUGUCCAUAGAAGCAACAGCUGAGUAGAUAGGAAAGGUUAAUAGCUUACCAGAACGCCUUGCAAGAUGGCCUCAUUUUCAUUAUUAUCACCAUCGACAAUAACCGAACAUGAAGUGGCCCUCGAUGAUCUGCUGAUUCGUUCAAUAGAGAAACUGGACUCGAUAAUCGCGCUUCGAAAUGACCUGAACCAGUAUAUGGAGACUGGAAUGAUUGAUUUGGCGAGAGCCAGAUACGCUACAAAUGGACCAAGGUCGGCUAUUUCGUCCCUUUCGUUCAAUCUGGCGCAUAUGGAGGCGACGAAGCGGGUAAGCCUUGAAACGGUAUCCACCCCAGAGCAAAACCUUACUGGCAAAGUUUUCCGUGAGGACUUGACGAGGUUUCAUCUAGAAACUGCCAAUAAAGCGUACUCAAUAAAAAGCCAGACAGAGUCAAGAACACACAACGAACGGAACUACUCGUCUGACAUAAAAGAUAAAAAUGGAUGGCACAACGGUCAGGAGGAGGUUGAUCCAGAAAGCAAUGAAAAUGCUCAACUUCGACAACGACAGGUGCCGUCUUUGGGUAGCAUAGGUUCGAUGGAACGAGACUCCCUUGAGUGCUCUGAUCCGGGUACGCCAGCUCGCUCGUCGCUUGAGACAACAGCCAGCGACGCCACUGAUGUCGAUAGACUAAAUGGAAACAUAGCUAGAGGUUCAUCUAUUUCCGGCUAUUCAUCUGAUCAUCGUGCCAGUUCAAACAGCAGUACCGCCGAAAACCGGACACCUAGCGAUCCAUUACGUUGGUUUGGCGUUCUUAUACCCAGUUCUUUGCGCACCUCGAAGCAGUGUUUCGAUCGAGCACUUGAAAUUCUCGCGGAGGUAGCAACUCAACAAAACGAAUUAGCUCAUCUUCUGGAUGCAUUCCAACGCCUACAGAAGCUUGAAGGCGAGAAAAAAUAUCUAAACACCUCCGCAAAACUUACCACACUGUGAGAAAACAUGUUUUUCACUGUCUCCUUUUGAGAAACCCCUAGCAACCGUUAAUGGACGCCACAAUAUUUGUAUCAGCUACACUUCAAGUUUACCAAUCGCACAGUAUAUUAUUAAAGCAAAGUGGGCUCGAGAAGUCUAGUGGCAUUUUAUCGAUAUUAUAUAUCCAGUACCGUUAGGAUCUACAGAGUAUCUACGUGUUUUUAAAACGGAUGUAUAUUACUGAUUGUACUUUAUAAUAGAAAUUACGUUUAAAACUAACACUUCGUCGGUAAUAAACAAUUAAUAAGCUUGGUUGCGGAGAACGUUACUGUAAGCAUUUCAACAAUAUCGACCAUCGCAGACGGUGGAUACCACAACAGAGUAACGUACUGAUGUGAUUUGUUUCCACAAGUGAACGGCGUUUGCAACAUGUACGCGGAAACCCAGUUAUAAGAGUUAAUAAAAGAAUAUAUAUACCGAUAAAAUAUACCGACGCAUU